AUGGCAAACCCGACUGUUCAGCAUGAGUCUGUUGAUUUUUUGACUAGCCUCCCAACUGACCUCAUGGAAAACAUUAUGAUGAGGGUGGAUCUUCCAACUGUCGGAAGAGCACGUUGCGUUAAGAGGUCUUGGAGAGCUUUAUGGUCAGACAUUGAUUUUAGUGUUCGUUCCUAUAAGUUGCCAAAUGGAAGAAUGUAUGCUAAGUAUUUGUCUUGGAUGACGCAUGAAUCCCUCAUGGGGUCGUUUAUGGGUCUUGGCAAGUCAUCUAUUCAUUAUGUCCUCGUGUUGUUCUGCCUGAAGGCCUUGUUGUUGGUGCAUCAACAAGCUCAUCCAUUGGCCAAUUAA